UACGAACGCCUGGGAGAAUACAAUCAAGCCAAAGAACUUCACGAAAAAGCACUUAUAAUUCGCAAAAAGAGUUUUGGUGAAGAUCAUGCCGAUGUAGCAGCAAGUUACAACAACUUGGCAUUAGUGUUCGACACCCUAGGAGAAUACAAUCAAGCCAAAGAACUUCACGAAAAAGCACUGAUUAUUAAAAAAAAGAUUUUUGGUGAAGAUCAUGCCGCUGUAGCAAAAAGUUAUGACAACUUGGCAUUAGUGUACAAACGCCUGGGAGAAUACAAUCAAGCCAAAGAACUUCACGAAAGAGCACUGAUAAUUCGCAAAAAGAGUUUUGGUGAAGAUCAUGCCGAUGUAGCAAGUAGUUAUGACAACUUGGCAUUAGAGUAUGAACGCCUGGGAGAAUACAAUCAAGCCAAAGAACUUCACGGAAAAGCACUUACUAUUUACAAAAAGAUUUUUGGUGAAGAUCAUGCCGAUGUAGCAACAAGUUACAACAACUUGGCAUUAGUGUACGACAGCCUGGGAGAAUACAAUCAAGCCAAAGAACUUCACGAGAAAGCACUGAUUAUUAAAAAAAAGAUUUUUGGUGAAGAUCAUGCCGAUGUAGCAACAAGUUAUGACAGCUUGGCAUUAGUGUACAAACGCCUGGGAGAAUACAAUCAAGGCAAAGAACUUCACGAAAAAGCACUGAUAAUUCGCAAAACGAUUUUUGGUGAAGAUCAUACCGCUGUAGCAGCAAGUUAUAACAACUUGGCAUUAGAGUACCAACGCCUGGGAGAAUACAAUCAAGCCAAAGAACUUCACGAAAAAGCACUGAUAAUUCGCAGAAAGAGUUUUGGUGAAGAUCAUGCCGAUGUAGCAGCAGGUUACAACAACUUGGCAUUAGUGUUUGACACCCUAGGAGAAUACAAUCAAGCCAAAGAACUUCACGAAAAAGCACUGAUUAUUAAAAAAAAGAUUUUUGGUGAAGAUCAUGCCGCUGUAGCAACAAGUUAUGACAACUUGGCAUUAGUGUACAAACGCCUGGGAGAAUACAAUCAAGCCAAAGAACUUCACGAAAAAGCAGUGAUAAUUCGCAAAAAGAGUUUUGGUGAAGAUCAUGCCGAUGUAGCAAGUAGUUAUAACAACGUGGGAUUAGAGUACGAACGCCUGGGAGAAUACAAUCAAGCCAAAGAACUUCACGAAAAAGCACUGAUUAUUCGCAAAAAGAGUUUUGGUGAAGAUCAUGCCGAUGUAGCAGCAAGUUACAACAACUUGGCAUUAGUGUUCGACACCCUAGGAGAAUACAGUCAAGCCAAAGAACUUCACGAAAAAGCACUGAUUAUUAAAAAAAAGAUUUUUGGUGAAGAUAAUGCCGCUGUAGGAACAAGUUAUGACAACUUGGCAUUAGUGUACAAACGCCUGGGAGAAUACAAUCAAGCCAAAGAACUUCACGAAAAAGCACUGAUAAUUUGCAAAACGAUUUUUGGUGAAGAUCAUGCCGAUGUAGCAACAAGUUAUAACAACUUGGCAUUAGAGUACGAACGCCUGGGAGAAUACAAUCAAGCCAAAGAACUUCACGAGAAAGCACUGAUAAUUCGCAAAAAGAGUUUUGGUGAAUUUCAUGCCGAUGUAGCAAGUAGUUAUAACAUCUUGGCAUUAGUGUACGAACGCGUGGGAGAAUACAAUCAAGCCAAAGAACUUUACGAAAAAGCACUGAUAAUUCGCAAAACGAUUUUUGGUGAAGAUCAUGCCGCUGUAGCAACAAGUUAUAACAACUUGGCAUUAGAGUACGAACGCCUGGGAGAAUACAAUCAAGCCAAAGAACUUCACGAAAAAGCACUUACUAUUUACAAAAAGAUUUUUGGUGAAGAUCCUGCCGAUGUAGCAGCGAGUUACAACAACUUGGCAUUAGUGUACGAAAACCUGGGAGAAUACAAUCAAGCCAAAGAACUUCACGAAAACGCACUGACUAUUUACAAAAAGAUUUUUGGUGAAGAUCAUGCCGAUGUAGCAACAAGUUACAACAACUUGGCAUUAAGGUGCGACACCCUAGGAGAAUACAAUCAAGCCAAAGAACUUCACGAAAAAGCACUUACUAUUUACAAAAAGAUUUUUGGUGAAGAUCAUGCCGAUGUAGCAGCAAGUUACAACAACUUGGCAUUAGUGUUCGACACCCUAGGAGAAUACAAUCAAGCCAAAGAACUUCACGAAAACGCACUGACUAUUUACAAAAAGAUUUUUGGUGAAGAUCAUGCCGAUGUAGCAACAAGUUACAACAACUUGGCAUUAGUGUACAAACGCCUGGGACAAUACAAUCAAGCCAAAGAACUUCACGAAAAAGCACUGAUAAUUCGCAAAAAGAGUUUUGGUGAAGAUCAUGCCGAUGUAGCAAGUAGUUAUAACAACGUGGCAUUAGUGUACGAACGCCUGGGAGAAUACAAUCAAGCCAAAGAACUUCACGAGAAAGCACUGAUGAUUAUGAAACAAAUUUUCGGUGAAGAUCAUAAGUAUGUAGAUAGAAUUCGUAGUGAGUUGGCAUUAGUAAACAAACACCUUGUAGGCAGUCAAGCUGAGGAUCCGCACGAGAAAGCAUGUUGCUUGAUCCUAUAA